GCGGGGCGGCAGUGCCGGCGAGCGCUCGGCGGCGGCGGCUGCGGCUCCGGCUCCUCCUCGCUCACGGCCCGGCCCCGGCCCAGGCCCAGCCCCCCCCCCCCCGCCGCCAUGUCCGGCCCCGGCAGCGGCGGCGACUUCGGGAACCCGCUGCGGAAGUUCAAGCUCGUCUUCCUGGGCGAGCAGAGCGUUGGGAAGACCUCUCUGAUCACCAGGUUUAUGUACGACAGUUUCGACAAUACUUACCAGGCAACCAUUGGAAUUGAUUUCCUGUCAAAAACAAUGUACCUUGAAGAUCGCACGGUUCGGCUGCAGCUUUGGGACACAGCAGGCCAGGAGCGGUUCCGCAGUCUCAUUCCCAGCUACAUCCGCGACUCCACUAUUGCUGUGGUAGUGUAUGACAUUACAAACUUGAACUCUUUCCAGCAGACCUCCAAGUGGAUCGAUGACGUUCGGACAGAGAGGGGCAGCGAUGUCAUCAUCAUGUUGGUGGGGAACAAAACCGACCUGGCAGACAAGAGGCAAAUCACUACAGAAGAAGGUGAACAGAGAGCCAAAGAGCUGAAUGUGAUGUUUAUUGAGACCAGUGCGAAGACUGGAUACAAUGUGAAACAGCUUUUCCGCCGUGUGGCUGCUGCCUUACCUGGGAUGGACAGCACACCAGAGAAGAGCAAAGAAGACAUGAUUGACAUCAAACUAGAGAAACCUCCUGAGCAGCCAGUAACGGAGAGCGGUUGCUCCUGCUAACAGGCCCGUUCUGUAGCAGCACAUUCCCCAACCGGCCAGUCUCACUGAAGAACAUCACUGCUCAUUGGCUAGGCAACCCUACUGUGGGCUGAAAAACCAACCUACUAAGCGAGCGAACUCCCUGUUUACUGGUGGGGAGCAGCCCCGGCCGCCCCUCUUACUGCAUGGUAUGAGCCUUGAGUGCAGAAUGAGUGUCCUGUCUUUUA